CGCGAGCCUGUUAGAUUGUCACGUUGGACGUUAUUACAGAAAAAGAGCUUUUUAAUCUACAACGAUAUAUUAAUUAAUAAAUAAAUAAUAGGCCUGCUGAUAAGGAGGGAUGGAGACCAAUAAUACACGGCCUAUUUUCCCUUGGUACAAGGAGAGGUUGCAGACCAAGUAUCUCAAAGGCCAAGCAAACAAAAUUUCCAUGGUUGGCAGUUGUUUGCGUUUUGCAAAUGUGAGCCUUGACGACUUCAAUGACUGUUCAUCCAUCUUAUCCGGGGACCAGAAAGGUGUCUCACCGGUUAUUUUCCGUGACUCUCCGAACCACAACUCCUGGCAAAAGCCUAGAAAGUGCAUCUCAAAAGAACAAGCCUGCUUUUCAAAGCAGAUGAUCCAGAAGCAGAUUCGCAGAGAAUAUGUGGCUGCUGUGGAGGAGAAACUCAAACAGCAUCCUCUGGCUAUGUUCCCGCACUAUCAGGAUCACAUGACCCCAGAGUUAUUUGACAAGGUGGUAUCCGUUUUGGACCCAGACAUGAGUGUAAACAGCGCCUCUGCACUUCCUACGCCCACAGGAGACCAUGUGGAGGAUUAUGAAGAUGAGGAAAACUGUACAGAGCCAAGAAAGGAAGACCUGGACAGAGCAAAACAGGAAACUUCUGCCAACAAAAUGCAAGCGUACUGGCAAUCGGAUUGCAGCUCUGAUGUCCAAAAUCCAAGUCCCAGAAACCCUUAUGUUCUACACAUGAAUAAAAAUGGUACCAAGAAAGGCAGGACGGUCAAAGUGAAUAAACUGAGCACCCACGAAGACAUGAAAUCAGCUGCCAAACUUUUCAGCAGAUGGUUUGCCUCCCCAGAUGAAGACACAAAUGUCACUGAUGCUGCAUUAGUGGGAAGUUUCGACAGUGGCCUUCAAGACUCUUCAUCACCAACAGUUGCAGGGCAAGAAUAAAAUCCUGUCACAGCCACAAACAGGCAGGACCGAUUACGUUUCAAAACCCUCUGAAACCAAUAAGGUGCAAGAAGAGAAAGGUUCACAAAUAGCCGCUGAUUAGAAAAAUCCAAGAAGACGCAUGGGUAAGACACACACAACAUGUCUGAGGAGCUUUUGCUGGAUCCAAAGAAGAGAUAAAAGGAGGACGACUAUGUGAGACAGUUGGUUUGUUGACAGAAUGAGGAGCUGAAACAGAUGUAUGAAACCUUAGCUGUGAGGAGUUAUGUAACCCACAAUAGACUGUGACUGUCAAGGCUAAAAGGCAAGACUAUACAUUCAGAGGGGGGGGGGUUCAGAGACCUGUGUGUGAUGUUUUCACAGCAUUUGUAUACAGGAAAUGCAGUGCGAAACCGCACUAUAAGAAGAGGAACAAAAGGACAAGUCUGUCUGAAAUACGUCCUCUUUUUCUCACUGCAGUUUGUGUGGGUUUGUUUCAGUAUACGAGGAAACAUGGAUGAUUAAGCACUGUGUGUAAGCAGAGGUUUUAUGUUUAAUGGAUGCCUAA